AUACGAGAUUUGGAGUGAUCUUCAGCAUCUUGUAGCGGGGGUCCAUACGAUUACCUUGCAAAAAUGCAGCGCGGCCUUCCAAUGCAACCUACGGUGGUCCUUCUCAAGGAGGGGACAGACACCUCCCAAGGCACCCCACAACUCUUGUCGAAUAUAUCAGCAUGUCUUGCUGUAGCAGAGACCCUUUCAAGCACCCUUGGUCCAAGGGGGAUGGACAAACUGAUAGUCAACGAACGUGGCGAAGCACAGAUCACGAACGACGGCGCGACUAUCUUAAAGCUCCUGGACAUCAUUCAUCCUGCUGCCAGAACCUUGGUUGACAUUGCACGUGCACAAGAUGCAGAAGUUGGCGAUGGGACUACGAGCGUGGUUCUUCUUGCUGCUCAACUUUUGAAGGAGGUCCGGGGCUAUAUUGAGGAGGGCGUCAGCCCACACAUCAUCACUAAGGGCUUCAGGAAGGCAUCGCAAUUGGCUAUUGAGCGUAUAAAGGACAUUCAAGUUGUCGUGGACAAGAGUAAUCCGGAGCGAUUCCGCUCCCUUCUGCUGAAAUGCGCGUCUACGUCAAUGUCCUCAAAACUGAUUCACUCAGAAAAGCCUUUCUUCUCGGAGAUGGUUGUUGAAGCAGUGCAGUCUUUAGACCCAGAGGACCUUGAUGAGUCUCUGAUUGGGGUCAAGAAAAUCCCAGGAGGGGGCAUGCAAGACUCUGUUCUUGUUCGUGGCGUGGCUUUUAAGAAAACCUUCACUUACGCCGGUGCCGAGCAACAACCAAAAUCGUUUAAAAACCCACGCAUCCUUAGCUUGAAUGUCGAACUCGAACUCAAAGCCGAAAAAGAUAACGCAGAGGUCCGUGUAGAAGCGGUAUCUGACUACCAGGCUAUCGUGGAUGCCGAAUGGGAGAUCAUAUAUCGGAAACUGGAAGCCAUUGAAAAAACUGGUGCAAAGGUUGUAUUGAGCAAGCUGCCGAUAGGUGAUUUGGCAACGCAGUGGUUUGCCGAUAGAGACAUUUUCUGCGCUGGCCGUGUUCCCUCUGCCGAUCUACGCAGAGUAUGCCAGGCUGUUGGAGGCUCGAUGCAAUCCACAUGCUUUGACAUCGGUCCAGAGCACCUCGGCACGUGUGGUCGAUUCGACGAGCGGCAAAUUGGAGGAGAGCGAUACAAUGUUUUCGAGGACUGUCCGAAGGCAAAAACUUGCACUUUGCUACUUCGUGGUGGUGCAGAACAAUUUAUCGAAGAAGUGGAACGCAGUCUUCACGACGCAAUCAUGGUGGUUAAGCGGGCCAUGAAAAAUGGUGAAGUUGUUGCCGGAGGAGGUGCUGCAGAGAUGAACUUGUCUGCUUAUAUUAGAAAGCACGCACUCCAAAUUCCAGGCAAGAUGCAACUCAUUAUGACUGCCUUUGCAAAGGCGUUGGAAAUCAUUCCACGGCAGAUUUGUGACAACGCUGGUCUCGACUCGACCGACAUUCUCAAUAAGCUCCGCAUGCGACAUGCUGCUGGAGAUAAAUAUUAUGGCGUGGACGUGGACGGACCUGAAGGCACCCGUGACAAUUUGGAGGCGUUCGUGUGGGAGCCAUCCCUCGUCAAAGUUAAUGCCAUCAACAGUGCUACCGAGGCAGCGUGUUUGAUUCUGAGUGUCGACGAGACAGUCAAGAACCCACAAAGUGAACAGCAAAAUCCUGGACCACGCGCACCACCGGGUGCAGCACAGCGAGCUCUCAGGGGUAGGGGUCGUGGCGUACCAAGACGGUGACAGAGUAGGUCUGGAAGUAAAAGAGUAUAUAAUUCCAUAACUGUACCGCGUUAGUCCGUAUACAGUCAACAUAAGUUGGACCAAAUCGGUGCAAAUAACGCGAG